GCGAAGAGGAGCCCUGCUUCUGCCGUGACUGGAAGUCUCGACUGAUGCUGGAUCCUGCCCCCAGAGCACCAUGCCCUGUCUCCCCCGAUAACCCCUCCCUGGAGGAUCCCAUCUCCCCCGCACACCUCGUCCAAACCAUGGCAGGAGAGGCCCAGCACACCUACACCGCCAUUCCGGACCUAGACGCUGAGUCCAAACCACAGAAUGAGGGGGGCCCACCAGAACAGCUCAGUGAGAAAACCGCGAAAGAGUCUUCAGAGCCCUUCCCCAGCACAGGCGCGGAGGCCCCCGGCAGAACGGCAAAGUUUGUAGAGAAAGAAAGGGACUAUACCCAGCAGCGAGAGGCUGUGAUACGGCCCCAGCAGGCAGGGAAGAUUGACUUUAAGUCCCUGCAGAACAGGCCCAAGUUCUCCAGCGACAGGACUUGGCCCGGAGGCAAGGGCAACCCCCAGUCCCCUAACGGGAAGAGUCGGAACCGGGAGAAGGGCAAGCGGACGGGGAAAUCCGAGCGAGGCAACCCACAGCAGCUCUACAGACUGAGCAUCACCAACCCUCGCUCCAACCCCACCAUCGGCAUCGCCUACCCACAGCAGAAGGUUUCCCCACCCAAGAAGCUGGAGGCGGGCCGUGGGCCCAUAACGGGCAGCUACAGGUUCCACGUGCCCAGCAUCCCUGAGAGAGAGGCGGAGCUGCAGCAGGAGGAACUCAGUUACAGCCGGUGCUUUCAGGAGGGCUCCUCGUCCAACCUCACCUCCCCCGGUUAUACCUCACAGACUCUGGGCGCCGCAGGGGCGGCCCCCACCCACCAGCACCCACCCCAAACCCAGACCCAGUCCCAGCUUCAGCAGCAGCCUGGCCACAUGGAGAACAGCACCACGCAGCCUGGUAGCCAGCUCCUCUUCACAGACUUCCCACUGAGUGUCUCCAACACGUGGCAGUCUCCAGAAAGGCCUUUCAACAAUGCGAACUACGGGAUCUCGUCACACAAGUCCUCCGCUCCAGCAGAGGGCAGCAAGGCAAGCACUGGCUUUGUGCCUCUGUCAUUUCAAUAUGGAUACCAGUUGUUGGAGGACUCGACGCCCGACCCAUUCCCUUGUGACCAGAACCCUCAGUCCCAGGACUUUAUGGACUCAACACUGGGUUCUGGCCAGGUGGCCCACACCUCCUUCUCCUACCAGGCUUCUGGGGAGAGCCAGGAGGGGAUUCAGAACAAUGAUCAGUUUGGUAAUGAGCAGUCCGAGGACAGGUCUAUAUACCCCCACCCUCCCCAACCUGCGCAGUACCUGCAGACUCCACCGGGGGCAGCCUCCUCCAUGCACUGUCCCAGGGGAGGGAGUGAGGACUCGGCUAGCAGCGAGAGCUCCGGGUCCAGCUUCCAGCCGUCAGAGCAGAGUGUCCCUCCGGAGAGGUCAGAGGUGUACGGACAGGCCAACAACAGGGAUGUAGCCCUCGCUUCAGGGAGCCAGAGGAGCUGCCACACCAAAGACAUGCCCACCGCCUCUCAAAGAACAAUUAUUCAGGGCAGUGGGCACCAUGCCAGAACUAUAGCACGGGGUUCAAGUUCCCAAAUGCACUUUUCCAACAAAUCGUUCAACAGCCCACCACUCAACAACGUCCACAUGGGAGCAGUGCCGUUUGAUAAAAGCAUCAAGGUCCACGGCAGGCAGACGCACUCCUGGGAAAGGCCCAGCAAGGCUUAUUCAACUGCAGAGCAGAACUCUUUGCCUUAUGCCAACAUGAAUGAUAAGUUCCAGUUUCAGAACCAGGCAGCACUCGACCCAAGGCCAAAGGCUUCCAAGGACAGUAGGAAUGCGUGGCAGCAGAUUCACCUCACCCCCGCCAUGCCUAACCAAAACAGGAUUGAGUUAACCGGGCAACUGAGCAACCAAAAAAGUACGUAUUUAGUGUCCCCCUCUGACUGGCACGAUGAGAGUAAGACGCAGAAGAACGGCUCUUUGAAAAGCCCCAGCUUGUUUAAAAAAAGAACGGGAGAUACUUUCUCAAACCCUCGGCAGGAGAGCGUCAAACAGAGCUGCAAUACCAUAUCAUCUUUCAAAGUAGAAACAAGCCAUGCACAGGUCUGUGAUUCCAAAAAUAAGCCUGUCUUUUUUGGAUUGAACCAAUCAUUGGCGGGAGCAUCGUCAGCGAGAGCCUAUGGUUAUUCUCCAUUACAGGUCCCGCCCAUGGGGCUAAUAAUGGUGUCCCCCUACGAGUCCCCCUUGCCCUCCCCCGUACAUAACCCCGCCCCCAGCAGCACCUGCUCCUCCCUCUCCCCAGCCUCCACCAGCCCUGUCAAUCUGAGCUCUGAGGAGAGCCAGGUGUCCAUGGGUCAAGGACCUCCACCCCCAUUUUAUCAUCAGCACCAAGUGAAGGCACAGGUGCCUUCUGACCUCCACAAUACUCACCAUUUCCACCCAGACACCUCUAGAAACCUGCCGUACGCCCCGGAGAGAGCCAAAGAUGACAUGAUGAGCUACUUGCAAAGUAACGGACAUCCAAAGCCUGCUAUGGAAGGCAGUAAGGGCUAUAUGGAGGGCUUUGGAGUCGAGCACCAGCCCCCUCCACCACCUUACUCUGCACAUCAGCUCUUGGCCACGUCUCUCGCCACGGCAAACCUUGACCAGCUGGACGUGCUUCUGACCUGCAAGCAGUGUGAUCAGAACUUCAACAACUUGGCCUCUUUCCUCGGCCACAAGCAAUACUGUGGACAGCAUGCAUUCGCCCAGAAUGACUUCAAGGAGGUCUCAAAGAUGGAGGACUCCAGGAAAUUCCACACGGACGUCAAUAAAGCCUCGUCGUCACGCGGUGGUUUAUGUGAAAAUGUCCCCAUUCCGAGGUGUCCGUCUGACCUCCAUCUCUCUCUGUUGGGCCUCAACAGAAAUGGAGAACUGAUGACAGACAGCGAAGCCAAAGUAGACAGCAAGGAGGAUCCAAUGAAACUCAGCUUAUUCUCUGGGCCAGGAACCAUCCCGGUCUCCCUCCCCGACCUGGAGAUGGAGGACGCCAAGUUAGACAGUCUGAUCACAGAGGCUCUUAAUGGUCUGGGUUAUCAAUCGGACAAUGCAGAAAUAGACAGCAGCUUUAUAGAUGCAUUUGCUGACGAUGACCUAACCACUGUGAAAGUAAUGUCCAACAGACAGUCUGUGAAAUCGAAAGAGUCAAUUGUCAUUGAGAGCAAAAGUAAACAAACCACAGAAGAUGACAGGUCUUUGACACAAGGAAAAUAUAUUUAUGAUUCCGACGCUGAGAGCUUGGAGACAUAUAUCAAGCACACAGAGACUAAAUUGGAGCAGAGUGAGAAAAUUAACAUCAAAAAAGAAAUAUCUCAUAAAAAUUCAAGGACUGCCUCUGGGGAAAAAUCAAGGGAACACGAUAGCAAAGCGAGAGAGGCCAGGAAGCUGUGCAAGAGUGAGGAUGAAAUCGGCAACACUUCUAGGUUUCUCCUAUCCAGCAAGUACUCUGAACGAUGUGGGGUGAAACGCCUCCAGGAAGCCUCCUUUUUGACCGGGGCAGCCUCUUCCCAAGCCUCCACUGGAAACAGAAGCUCUCCAAUGCAGAGGGCAGCAGCCCGGGAGAGUAAAAGGAAAAGAACCGGUGGGGGUACGUGGAGCAAAGAGCUCAUUCACAAGAUAGUUCAGCAGAAAAACAAGCUCCACAAGAUCCACGUAAAGGGCACCAAAAACCUCCAGUUCUCUCUGGUGAUGGAGCGACUAACGCCCGCCUGUCAGAACCCCGCGUUCGGAGAAUACGACUACGUCUCGGACUCGGACGACGAGCGCGAGCCCGUGAAGAUCGCGAGCCAGGGUCGCCUCAGCCAGAGCAGUCGUUGCAAGUACACCUACACCAAGGAGUGCAAAUGGCGGGCGAGGAGCGAGAGGGACCAGGCGGCGUGGAGGCACGAGUCCAGGGAAUGCUUCGAGGUGAAGAAAAGCGAAGACAUCUCCCUGUCUUCGGAGAAACACGACUCCCACCAGAGGCUCCGGAGGAGGAGCAGCAGGUCGUCCUCCAGCAGUGAGCUCAGCACGUCGGUGAGCAUCUCCAGCGACAGCAUCGGCAGCCCCAAAAGCACCGACCGCACUGACUCUGACUGUGAGAAAAAGGUCGAAUUCAGGAGAAGGAAUUCUCCGAAGCAGAAAACCUACGAGAGAUCGCCACAAAAACUAUGUAAGGAAUCCAGUACACAGCUAGCACUGACAUUCACUAAGUCCACCAAGAAGUAUGGUGGCGAUAAGACUAAUCCCUCUUUAAACAAAGACCUUCCAGAAACCAUAAAGAGCCAUCAGUCACAUUUUGACGAUGUUGAUUCCGUGUCUGUAUUGCCGAAAACCAGGGGUGCAGUCAAAAACCUUGACAAAUGCAAAAUCACCGACAUAUCCACAGGAGAGAAGGACGUUUUAGAGAGCAGCACCGCUUUUGUUUCUGACAAACACACACCACUGAGAGCGGACGUGAUGAGCUCGAAAUUAGAAUCGACACAUUUGGAGUCUACUAGCACUGAUCGUAAACUGAACCAGCUUGAGUCCUGUCCUGCCACCAUCCCCAAGGAAAGUGAACCUCAUUACGAGAAUGACAUGACCACAAAGGGGACAUCAGGGCACAGAAGGGAGGGUGGUGGCCCUCAAACCACACAACAAAAGGACAAACUGUCAGACACUACGACGUUUGAAAAAUGCAGUGAGGGCCCGUACUCCAUGAAGGAGCAGACGCCUCUAACCAGUGACUUGGUCCCCAAGUCGGCAUCUCUUUGCAGCGGACUGAUGGACGACAUGUGCCUGUCUUCGGCUGAGCUUCAUGUGCCUCUGACACAGAAGGAAACCUCUCAUCUCAUCCCAUACCCCCUGGAGCAGGACCAGACUCUCAUCAAAUCCCCUCUGUCCUUUGACACGUCCUCCAUGUUUGGGGACCUCACAGUGCCCGGGUUCGAGAACGGCCUCUACACAGACAUGCCACUCCAUAAAGUGACUUUCAACUCGUUGGAGAGCGCAAACGACAAAAAAGAAGUGUACACUUCAUCCUACUCUCCCUUUCUGGUCCAAAGAGACUGGGGUCUCAUGGUGGACGUCAGCCCCAUGCUUCCGGACGAGAUAUCAGACUACAAGGACGAGAAUGAGAAGUCGAACGAGAAGAAAUCCGACUACAGUCACAUCCCGCUGUCUCUGCCAGACAAGAUCAUGGCCUACAACGGGAACCUGAGCGGCUGCGUUUCCGAGGACGAGCUGGAGAUCAAGAGAAUAGUGACAGAGUUGGAAAGCCAGCUCCAGACCACCAAGCUGAGAAGCCCGACGGCCCUUAGUGAGGAGGCCCCGAACCACCUGAAGAUGAGCAAGUUCUCCCCUCUGCGGCUAGGAGAAGACACAGAGAGCGAGGAGCAGGUGAGCUGCCCCGUACAGAGCAUGCCCAUGGGGGUGUCAACCAUCCAAUCAGACACCUUCGCUGAACCGGGCCUACCUUGGUCCAGCCCGUUCCACUUUGAGCUCAUGGAAGGACAGCACAGUCCACAGACACCGAACCACACUGACCCAGGGGUCCAGGAACGGCUGACUGAGAAGGAGGAGGAUGAAAGGGGUAGCUCUCUGAUCCCUUUGCUUUCAGACACCAAGAGGAGACAAACACCAGAGGGGAACGAAGAUGGCCACAGAGACACAUCAGAGGAGAUUCUUGAAAGGAAGAUGUAUGCCGAGAAUCUCAUGAAAAGCCUGGAGGUGAUUUCAGAUUCCGUUUUCAAAAAGGACCCAAUAUCAUCGAAACAGAAGCAGAUAGUCCUCCCACACGAGAGUCGGGAACAGGUUUCUGAAUGUCAAACUCCCGCUAAGUGUGAAGAUGAAAAGGAGGCCUUAUCUCCGGACAAGGUGAAUAUUGAAUUCCUUCUAAAUGAGUCUCAGCCGCCUCUGCCAGCCAAUACAUCUGACAUUAAGCAGCCUCUCUCGCUGCAGCAGAGUGAAUCUGUUGAAAACGACGAGUCACUCUCUAAAGUCAUAUCAACUGAGAAGCAUAAUCAUGUGAGCGAGACAGUAUGCUGCCUAGAUGAGAAAAUGGUUCAUUCCCAAGUGGCAGAGCAGACCAGUGAAAACCUCUAUGAAGGGGACCGUGAGCAGGGGAACCCCGAAGACCGCACUGAAUAUUCGGAUCACUCAGAGCUCCAAUACAUUAACAACCACAAGGAGCUAGAGGAAGCGGUGGAGGGCCUAAGUCGUGUCAGUCGGGAACCCUCAGUGGACUCAAUGGAGGAGGGCCCACAGACAGCCGAGCCUGAGGGCUUUACGUAUGAGGACAGCCGGCCCGUGGACACCCAUACGGACGAGGCUGGUUGCGGAUUGGCUUCUGCUGAUGGAGUGACAGAGAUAGAUCCGGUGGGUGUGAAAGAUCAAGACUUGACCGAAGAGGACGCGAACAAACAGGAAGAACUAAUUGACCACACUGCUUUCCAAAGCCGUUCUGAAACGGGUCCUCAGACUGACCAUAUCUCCAUGGAGAUAGUCACAGACGCUCCAUGCAGUCCGCUCUUGGAACCCAGUGCAGAGCAUGUCAGCCAGCUCUCCCCCUCUUUAAUCAUUCAACCAAUAGGGGGGGAGGCUUCGAAUGAGCAGGAAGCUGUCCUGACAGUUGAUGUCUUUGCACCGGUUACAUUUGGGGAUGACCCAGAAACCCAUUCUCGAUGCGGGUCCGUUGAAAAGCAGGAGGAAGAGGUGGAAAAUGCAAUCGAGGACUACGAUGCCCAGCUUCCCAUUCGUCUGAUGGCAAGUCCUCAGAUCGCAGCCUACAUACAUGCUGUGGGAAAGGAGCUUGAUCAGGAGGCCGCCCCCACACCCAGCCCUCCACCGGAUCCCUCUCCUUCCUUCACUGACUCCUUCUCCUCGGAGACACAUGCCACUCAAGAAGAUCAGUGUCAGUCUCAGAGCAUAUGCCCCAAUAUAGACAUUAACCAUGACCCAAUAGAGGAUGCCCAGUUCCCGGAGGAGGACCGCUGUGAUGAGCUACACACCAAAGGGCGACUGCACAACAAUGAACUUUUUUCGGUGCCAAAAGGAAUGGAGUACUCGUUAAGCCCUACUCACUUGGGUCGGGGAGACACAGAGCCUCCCCUCCCCUCUCCGCUUCCUCUAUGCACCACAGCCGAGGCACCAGAAAUAUUGGAAGAUGAUAAAAAGAGCGACGCGAUUUAUGAUUUUAAACUAAGUCCGUUAAACUACAGUGACAAGUCUGACGAGCCCCCAGAACUGAACCAGUUUCAUUACACCCCUGUUAGCCCAGAUAACACAUUUGAAGAGCAGCAGCCUGACAUAAAACGCAGCCCCAAGGGUGACUGUGGGCUAUACGCUCCUACAAGUCAUGACAUGGCUCUGAUAGCAAAUAGAAGACAGACAGACACAGAACCAACAGUGUGCCUAGAACGUUCAGCUGAGCUAACUCCGGCUGGGGAAACUGUGGACAAUAACGGCAGUGUCCAAGACUGUCUGAAAUUGACGUGCAUUGCUCUUGGCUUCCCUAUGCAGAGCAACACACCGUCUACUUCUACUGGGGACAUCAAGGAGGACCUGGACAUGUGUCACGAUCCCUUCGAACCAAACGGUUUUCUGCACAUGCACAUCGACCUUCUGGAGAAAGUGGAGCCAGAGGCCUUAAGUGUGCAGCAAGGUCACUGUGACGCUCCUCCUUUAAAAGACAGCCCCUCAGAAGGCCAGUUGAUUCCCCAAACUGUCCUCAUCUGCGACAAUGAGUCCAAGAGGCCCCCAUCGUCAGAGUUAAGGGAUAAACACCUAACAGAAGAGGCUGUUCAGAGCUUAGCCAGCCAACAUCCAGAGGAAGACACCACACAACCACGCAAAGCAAGCGUGCAGUUGACAGCUCCACUUGGGAAGGUUCUGUGUGAUAUAUGUUCCAUGUGUUUUAGGACAGUUGCAGGAUUGAAAAGACACAAGGCUAUGAAACAUUUGGUCAAGACAGACAGGAAUACACAUUUGGAGAAUGGCACAUUGAAUCAUCUAGGGAGCAUGCUCUCCAGCCAACAUCCACACACUGCAGAGACAGGACGUAAAGAUGAUUCACAGAUCAGUUUGCCAACAGAAAAAGUUGAGAUCAUUGCAAAUCACUGCCCCGAGACAAGUAAAAACCGUCUUAUAGCUAAACAAAUAGAAACCGAUUCAGUCCUGGAGAACACUGCAACUGAAACAAACAUGGCGAGGACAGUGAGCCAGCAGAGGCUGCAGACCAAGAAGAACCCCAAAACAUGCAAAAGCAAAAACAGCGAGGUGCAGGUCAAACCAGACCCUUUCUCCGACGAGCUUCUAAAGAUAUUGAAAACCGACAUCUUACAAGCCAUAACCCCCGACUUCCAAACCCGGGUACAACAAGAGUGCCGUCAGUCCACCAAGAUACACGAUGACCUAAGCUCUCACAUUAAACACAGCCUCGUAGAACAGAAAGAGGCCCCACUCUCCGUGGCUGUAGACCGACCCUUUGAAGAUAUAUAUAAAUGUCAGCCAGAGGAGACUGAUCUAGCCAGCCAGAAUGCAGAUGUGAAUCCAAAUAUUGCUGACUCAGAGGUGAAAUGUGGGCCACCAGACAUUACCAAUGGAGCACUGGAAAGUGGGACGGAUGUUAGUAAGGGUUAUGUUGUUUUUAUCAGUAGGAAUGGAAGUGCACAGUAUGACGUGUCGAAAAAGAACUUCACUGAUGCGAAAGAGACUGGAGACCAGCAGGGUACAUGCGAGAGCCUGGCCAGGGAGAUCAUGGGAGAGGUAGCAUUGGAUAUUAAAUGCGAGAGGAACAGCUGUCCCACAGAUGAAGAUCCCCUUUCCUAUCUCAAGUCUCCCUGUGAUAGUCCUCCUGGUCUGAGCCCUGACCUCAAGGCCUUCCUGGACGACGAGAGCUCCUUCUCUCAGCUGUUCCCCAGGGAUGAGGACACGAAGAGAAAGAAGUGUGCGAGAGUCUACGGCAAGAAAACGCAGAAGCAGACACCGUUUCCUGAGUCCCCUCUGGCCCCCGACUACCCCCCUGACGAUGUGUUCCUCGAAAAUAAAGAACAGCAUCCAAACAACCAGAUGAAUGAACCAUUCGAGUCUGUCUCCUGUGCAGCAGAAGUCCCACCCACGUCAUGUCCUCUGCCUAUCCUGGCCUCCUCUUCACCAUAUCCCGAACAGCCAUGUGUCACAGACAGUUUGCCUCCCUUACCCAGCAUUGACAUGCAGAGCACCAGAACCACAUUCCAGCUUCCGGAGAUCCAGCUCUUUGACUCGAGCAAGGACCCCUUAGUGGCCGGCCCCUUGGACACCGACGACACAGAGACCAAAAGGGCUGACAAGACCAAGAAGCCCACAGAACGCAAAGGCAGGAAACGACAAGACGGCAGUGGCCUUAAGAUCAAAGAUAAACAGUACAAGUGUAAAGUGUGCUUCACCUGGUUCCUGACCCUGGGGGAGCUCAACUUCCACAAGCUGUCCCACAACCCCUCCCCUCCCCCCACCUGCUACAUGUGUGUCCAGAGGAAGUUCAGCUCCAGGGAGCAGCUGAGGGACCACCUGAGGGAGAAGCACGCCAAGAACAAAGCCGGGAUAUGGACCUGCGGCAUGUGUCUGAAGGAGAUCUCCGAUGUCUGGAUGUACAACGAGCACCUGCGCGAGCACGCCACCCAGUUCGCCCACAAGGGCCAGACGCAGAGCUCGAUUCUGGGCAUGGCAGGUGGCAUCAUGCAGGAGACCGCCGUCAAGAACUUCAUCACCUCCAUCAUGCAGCGACGCCCCAGCAAGGCCAGCAGAGAGGCCAGUAAGAGCAGCAACAAGGACCAAGUGAAAGCCACCCCUGAGACCAGAGGACCGGAGCAGAAGGCUGCAGUGCCGGCUGAGCCCAAAGUUCCUAAGAAUAAGAGCACCAGAGGAGAAGGAGGAGGAUCUAAGCAGAGCAACCUGACCCCGCUGGAAGUGCUCCACAAGACCGACACUGCUCCCAAGAACGUGGAGAUGCACCCCAACUGUAAAGACCCCUCCAGGGACUGCCACCACUGUGGGAAGCAGUUCCCAAAGCCGUUCAAGCUCCAGCGGCAUCUGGUGGUGCACAACUUGGAGAAGAUCUUUCUGUGUCACAAAUGCCCGGUGUCCUACCAGGAGCCGCAAGACUUGAAAGACCACCUGAAGAAUGAACACGAGGUGGUGGACGAGCUCGACUCAAAACACACCACCCUCUACACCUGUGAGCUGUGUGCAGACGUCAUGCACGUGAUCAAGAAGUCGUUCAUAUGCAGCACAUGUAACUACACCUUCUCCAAGAAGGAGCAGUUUGACCGUCACAUGGAGAAGCAUCUGUCCGGGGGGAACAAGAUCUUCAAGUUCAGAGGAGUUCUGAGACCGCUCAAGGUUUCCACCUCCAAAGAGAAUGAGAGUGAAAUGCCGUCAGUAAAAAAGAGGAAAAUCCUGACUGAGAAUCUUCAGGAGAACAGCCCAGACAGCGGGAUUUCCAGCAUAGCCUCGAUACUCUUAAACCAGUCCUCUGAACUGCCACCAAUGAAGCAUGCGAUGCCCACCGCGGAGGACUCCACGCAGACCAGUGCAACCGAAUACCACGCUGGCGCCAACGAUGCCAGCGUGAAGACGGAGGACGUGGCGGAGGACUACUCCGCCCUUCUGGGUGAGCAGGAGCACCGCGGCUACGUGGCGGCCACGGAACCCGAGGCACUCUCAACCGCUACGCCUAAAGCGGAGGACGCCGAGCCCAAUCCCCCGGGGAAGCCGGCUGGCGAGGAGGAGACCUGCGAGGUCCAACUCGCCCCAGAGCCAUGCGAAGUGAAGGAGGAGGAAUCCCAGGGCGUCCUGGAGGAAGCCCCUCCGCAGUGGCCACCGCCGAGGGAGAGCGUUAAACACGGCGAGGAGGGGGACGGCUCGGCGAGAGAAAGACGGGGUUCCGUGGAGGGUGGACUCGAGUCGUGCGCGGGUGAGAGCGAGGAGAGGAAGAGCGAGAGGCGAGAGUCGGCCGCUGAGGAACCCAACGAGGAGUUGUACGCGAGCGUCCUCGAAAGUCUUAUGAAAACCUCACACAAGACGCCGGACCUGCAGCUCGGCCCUCGCCAAUCGCUUGCCGUCGUGACGGACCGGCUGAGCGAGGACGAGCAGGGUCACAUGACCAAAGCCAACGAAAACAAGCAGAGGGAGCUGCCCUCACCUCACGGCUACGAGCAGCCGUGUGGUGGAAGCCUGGGAAGAGAUCGAGCAUCUCCAGCCAAGCCCAGUGACAGCACCAGGAACGGCUCCAACACCAGCCCCAAGACCAUGGAGGCCACGCCGGUCCUCCACCCCAGGCUACCUUCUCAGGGCCCGGCCUCCAGCGAGGACAGGGAGUCCAUGAGACAGCAGAAAAAGCGGAAGGAGAUCAGGUCUCCCCACGGCCAGCAGAGGGUGUCCUCACCAGCUACAAGAGAGAACAUCAGCCUUGACGCCAGACCCAAGAAGAAGUUUCGCCCCAAUAAGUGCGAGAGCCCAGCCGUGCACAGGAGAUCGGACAGCCCUAGCGACUACCCGGUGCUGUCCUCCGUCAGAGACGACGUGGUGAGCAACAAGAUUGUAUCCCAGCAGAAGACCCUGGGGCUCAAACUUAAGAGAGCCCCUCUUGACAUCUGCACACCAAAGAAAAUGGAGAUCGCCCAUCAUCUGAAUGGGGAUUACCGAGUCAAGAAGGGGCCUGUGGGCCGGCCUCUUCACUCCCCGGUUUCUAAAGUGUCUACUCCACCCUUGAACAAUUCCUUGAACAAGUCGAGGCCUAAGUCAGGGGUCAGGUCAGUGGACAGCCAGUCCUACCGGACGGCAGAGUCUCAGAAUAACCUUCUGAGCCAGCUAUUCGGUCAGAAGCUCACUAGUUUCAAGAUCCCAUUGAGAAAAGACACUUGAUCAUCAAACUUAGGGGAAGGGGGUGAUGGAUCUGUGAACAAAAAACUGUAACGCUGUUUCUGUUACCGAUAACCAAGACUAUUCUUUAUUAUGAUCAAGAUUGCACGGCUCUGUGAAAUGUUAUUUUGAAUACUUAUUUAGUCACUUUAUGUUUUCUCUUGUAAAUGUGUUCUUAUUACACAGGUCUGAGGGACUGGGACUGAUGGCAGAUAUGAGUUUGUGAGUCUAGAAUGAAUAUGUUCAUUGGACAAAUCAACUAUUUCUGCUCAUUUUUAUUUGAAUGUUAACUGUUUCAGAGACUAUAUUUUAAUUCAAAGAAAAGAAAAGACAAAAAAGAAUACUUGAAAAUAGAACAAAAUAUAUUUUCUCCAAUAAUGCAUGUGAGUCUCACAGUUCACCACACAUUUGAAGAGGAUAUUGAUUUUUAUUCAACAGGACCAACUUACAUCCUGAACAACCCUAAACAUGGCAGUGCACCUUCUCUACAUGCUUACAAAAAUACUACUUUAUUCUUUAAACUUUAUUUUUUUUUACUGUACUGCAUUGAUAUUCAUUGUAUUAGCUUUGUUUGUAUAAACAUAAACUGGUGCUAUGUUGUUUUUUGUUUUAUGGUAAUGUGAAUACUGAUGUCCUCUAACUGAAGGGAACAUGAGAUCUGUAGAAGUAACAUUCAUCCAACUGUCUGUACUGGCUCUCUGUAGUUUCUUGUAAAAAAAAAAAUGGUAAAAAUACUGUGUAAACAUGCCAAAGUAUUCAUCUAUAGAUCUUUAGGAAAGGAUCUUAGGAAAGCUUCCUUCUUCCAAACUCAGGUGCAUUUACCUGCAUUAGGACCUCCUCCCAUGCACUGAUAUAUCCACAUACAAAAUCUCACACAGUCUUGUGUGUCUGUCCAACUGUUAAUAACGGUUAUUUACCAUGACGAAAAAGGUGCUUUAUCUUGUUGAUAUGUAUCUUAUAUUGUAUUAUAUUAUAGGUAGGUUAUUAUUUACGGUGCAAUGCUCAAUGUCAAAGGUUUAUUUUAAUAAUGUGCAACAGAAUCAGAGAGAGAGAAGAGGGGGGAAAUGCAGCGCUCCCUGUUGGUUUAUAAAGUGGUUUACGAAGUGCCUCUUGUAAAGUUGGUUAUUAAAGAUCUGUAUUGGUC